AUGAUGACUUCGCAGCCUUAUGCUGAUUUUAUUGUGAACCUUAAUGUUGGGGGAUGUAGAUUUGCAACAUCAAGGCAUACUCUAACAUGGAUACAAGAUUCGUUUUUUACGAGUUUGCUCAGCGGAAGAAUACCAACCGUUAGAGAUGACAGUGGAGCGAUCUUUAUUGAUCGCGAUCCUGAACUUUUUCGGAUUAUUUUGAAUUACUUAAGGACCAGACAAGUUGAUUUAAGCAGCACAACUGUAAUGACGCUGAAGCAUGAGGCGCAAUACUAUGGACUUAGCCCUCUCAUUAAACGUCUCACACUUUGUGAAGAAUUAGAAGAAUGUGCUUGUGGUGACGUACUUUUUCACGCUUAUUUGCCACCACCAGCACUUCCAUCUGAUGGAGGUGCAUACGAAACCAGUGAAUCAAGCGAUAAGAAUGCUAGUGAGAGCAAGGUAAACAGUACAAAUUGCCAUAUGCAUACUUCUAUAAAAAGCGAGCUAUCGUUGAUGUUGCGACAGUCAGCACGCGAACAAAAACAGCUUGAUCCUUUACGGGUUCGUGUUAUUCGAGCUCAUCAUAAUUCCAUUGCCGUCGGUUACGCGAAUUUUGUGUGUUGUUACAGGUUAGUGUUCUUGUUAUACACAUCUCCUCGAAUGGAUUCAGCGGUACGUCAUGUGGCUCUUAAUACUAAAUUUGGAGCUCAAAGUAGCGAAAAGAUGUUAGCAGUUGCAUUGGCUAAUAAUGAAAUUCAUCUCUGGAAUAUAUCGGACGCUGACGCUCAACAUGGCGUCAAAAUUGGCACCUUUUCAUUAUCAGGCAAUGUGGAUAAAUUAUUUUUUAUUGGCAGUCAGUUGGUCGCACUUAGCAAGAUAGGUAGAGUUGGAAUAUGGCAUUCAAUGACUCAUAAUUGGCAAGUACAAGAUGUUGUUUCGAUUUCCUCCUAUGAUACAGCUGGAUCUUUUUUACUGCUUGGAUGCACGGAUGGCGCUAUAUACUAUAUUGAUAUGCAGAAGUUUCCUCUUCGCAUGAAGGACAAUGAUUUGUUGAUUACUGAACUAUAUCGUGAUCCAAAUUCAGACAUCAUAACUGCUAUAAGUGUGUACCUGACACCCAAAACAAAUCUGUGUGGCAAUUGGAUUGAAAUUGCAUAUGGUACUUCUUGCGGAAGUGUUCGUGUAAUUGUUCAACAUCCGGAAACAGUUGGUCAUGGGCCUCAACUAUUCCAAACUUAUACUGUACAUACUUCACCUAUAACUCGUGUUGCUCUGACAACAAAUCAUCUUAUAAGUGUAUGUAGUGAAUAUAAUCAUGUUCGAUCUUGGGGAGUGACUAGAUUCCGUGGUAUGAUUUCCACGCAACCGGGAAGCACAUCACUGGCAUCCUUUAAAAUUCUUACACUUGAUGGCACUGAUGACGUUCUGGAUUCUGAUAGUAAUGAUCCAGGUCCAUUUGGUGACCAAGAUGGGGAACAAGUAUUUGUUCAACGUGUCGUUCCCAAUACUAAUCAAGUUUUUGUUAGACUUGCAUCCAGCGGUGACAGAUUAUGUACUAUACGUUCAGUCGAUAGCUCUCCUAUUACAGCUUUUCUGGUUCAUGAAUGUGAAGGUUCUACUAGAAUUGGUUCGAGGCCCAGGCGUUUCCUUUUCACUGGCACAUCAAGCGGUACUAUACAGGUAAAUAUUUUGAAAAUAUUUGGUGAAUUGGACUUGUGGUAUACAUUUGGAAUCUAA